UCUCCAUCUCUCUACUUCCAUCAUUCUCCAAAUAAUCUUUUCUUUCUUUAAUGGAAUCACCUUUGAUGGAAAAGGCAACUAAAGAGCUGAUCAUUGGAAGGGAAAAUUUGACAAAACUCAUAACACUAAUUGAAGAUCCAUCAAAUAUUAUCACUGAUUUAGUCGCCGGAAUUUCAAGAUCUUUCGAAUACUCUAUUCGUAUAUUGAAUUCCGGCGGCCAAUCAGGUGAUGGAAUUUCCGAAGAAACCGUCGACCGGAAAUCUGUGGAUUCCAUUCAGAGUAACAAGCGGCCGGCGGCUAGGGAUCGGAGAGGUUGCUACAAGAGGAAAAAAAUAUCAGAUUCAUCAAGUCUAUCUCCUACAAUGGAAGAUGGGUAUACGUGGAGGAAAUAUGGCCAGAAAUUUAUUCAUAGUCAUAAGUUUCCAAGGUGCUAUUUUAGGUGUACACACAAGAGCGACGGUUGCACAGCAAUAAAACAAGUCCAGAUUUCGGAAGAGGAUCACUCAUUGUUCCAAACAACAUACUUUGGCCAACAUACUUGUUCAAACAAAACAAAAUCAUCUUAUGAAAGCAUUCCCCUUACUAAUGACCCUUAUAUUGCAAACUUCGAUUCGAUCGCUACUCCGACAAGUGAGGAAAUGGAUCAUCCAUUAGAUGACAAAAGUUGUGUUAUUAAAGAGGGUGGCAAGGAGCUCCCGGAACUAAUUGACGCAAUGGCCUGGUCGGAUUUGGUAACGUUUGAGUCGUCUGAGAUGAUGUUCAAGGCUGGAUUUGAGGAAGAUGUCUCUAGCAUUUACAACUUUGAUUAUGGAGAUUUAAGCAGUGGAUUCGGAGUGAACAUCGACAAUGUCAAUCUAUUUCUUAAUUAGAAAUUCGGACAAGUGUUUAAGAUACCAAUAUGUCACGGAUUCGAUUUCAUCUGAAAGCGCUUUUAAAAUAGAAGCGGUGGGCAUAAUUGUGGGGUGUCAUUCUAUUUAUUUUUAAUUCAAAAGAAAAAAAAAUCCCAACAAGUAAUAAUA